GCCAUUGGGUGGCUGACAGACGGCACCGAGACAAACGAGGGUCUAUUUGACUUAUUAACUGUGUCAAAAAUACACUGCAAAACAGAACACAGCGACUGUGAGACAGAAGAAAGAAGAGCCAGGUUUUGCUUCCUGUUUUUCAAAGGAAAUAAGGUAUAGAUCAGAAGACGGGUCAAAUUCUUUCUUUGCAAAGACAGAGGAACCUGAAAAGCUGUAGUUUCCCGUUUAGAUUUAGGUAACAGCAGCCAAUCCACUAAGAGCAAAGAUAGAAGGCUGCUUUCAUUUUCACUCCUUUUCCUGCCCAGAGAGCCUCAGCAGCAACAGCCGACAAGACAUCACCCCAAGGUCCGGCCUUACGACAAAACGGGGAUGGCCGGCAAUAGGGUGAACGACUUUAUUGAGGACUUGAAGGGAAAGAAGGUGUUAACAAAGCAAGAGUUACGUGCAUUAGGGAAAAGAGUGGACCUCAUCGUGGAUAAGACUGAAGGCCUGAUUGAUGGUCUCAAUGAGAAAUCGGGAAUAGUAGGAAAAAUGUUAGUGAAAAGUAUCUUCGGUCCCAAAGGCGAGCUGGCUUUAGAAAUUCUUGAUGAAAUUGAGAAUUGUGACUCUGACAACAGCGGGUCAUAUUCCUCUUCGACAGAAUAUGAAGAUGAAAGUGAAGAAAGUGAAGAAAAUGAAGAAAGUGAAGAAGAGGAAAAUGCUGAGUCACCCCAGGAAAUGGAUCCCCCUACAGAAGACACCAAACCUGCUGGCUCAUGUGAACCCUCAAACCUCACUGAGGACAAGAAAUCACCCCAAGAUCUGGUCAAUGACAAAAAGGGGAUUGCCCAUGGCAUGCUUGGUACCUUUUUUGCGGACUUGAAGGAAAAGAAGGUGUUAAAAGAACGAGAGAUACAAACACUAGGGGAAACAGUGAAUGUCAUUGUGGAUAAGACUGAAGGCCUGGUUGGUGAUCUCACUGAGAAAACUCAAAUGGUGGGCAAAAUGCUAAAGAACCAUUUCUUCAGUUCCAAGAGCGAGGCGACUAUAAAAAUUCUUGAUGAAAAUGAGAAGGAUGAAUCUGGCAAAAUCAAGUCAUUUUCCUCCUCAACAGUUUUUCAGGUAACCCAGGCUUCCCAAAUCAAUGUGCUGAAGCUUUGUCCUUGUAUCCAUUUUAAGGAACCAAAGACAAUAAUGGCACAUGAGAUCUAUCCAGUGAUGGAGAAGAAGAGCCGAAUGCGCCUGGCUCUCAUCAUUUGCAAUAGAACAUUCGAUUAUCUUUCUGAGCGAGAAGGCUGUGAAAAGGACAUUUCGGGGAUGCGAGAUCUGCUGGAGAACCUUGGAUAUUCAGUGGUUAUAAAGGAAAAUCUCACCGCUCAGGAAAUGAAGGUCGAGCUGAAGCACUUUGCCACCCGCCCAGAGCACCGCUUCUCAGACAGCACGUUCCUCGUGUUCAUGUCACACGGCAUCCUGGACGGGAUCUGUGGGACAAAGCACAGGGAGGAAGAGCCAGAUGUCCUUCACGACGACACCAUCUUCCAGAUUUUCAACAAUCGCAACUGCAGGAACCUAAAAGACAAACCGAAGGUCAUCAUCAUGCAGGCCUGCCGAGGCAAAGGCAACGGGGCCGUCUGGGUGACAGAUGUGGGAGAAGCCUGUGCAUGGCCGGAAAACCAGCCCUCAGCACCCUACAUCUUCAGUGAUGCCGUACAAAAGACCCAUGUGGAGAAGGACUUCAUCGCUUUCAAAUCUUCGACUCCACAUAACGUUUCCUGGAGACUGAACACAGAUGGCUCCGUCUUCAUUUCCCAUCUUAUCCGCUACUUCAAAAUGUAUUCUUGUUGUCAUCAUUUGGAGGAGAUUUUCCGAAAGGUUCAAUAUUCAUUUGAGACUCCAAAUAUAAUUACCCAGAUGCCCACGAUUGAGAGACUCUCCAUGACACGAUAUUUCUACCUCUUCCCUGGGAAUUAAAACUCAUACACAGCAUCUCAGGGAAACUGGGCCAUUAUGUACUCGACGAAUCUACUACUUUAAAAGGGCAAUGUCUGCUCGUGAAUAUUUUUAUACGAAACUUCCCAAAUGCCCACCUUCAACCAAGGCCAAGUGAAAAUCAAUGUCAUAUUGUGGCUGACUUAGUACUUACUACAUUUUUAAAAAAUUAUGUUUGUUUUCUCACGUUAUUGUAAAGGUAAAACAUUUUCAUUGCAAAACAAAGUUUAAGUAUAGAAAAACAUUUAAAACAUAUUUAAUGAAUAAGUGAUUACAUUAAUAGGUGUCCUGGUAUUAGGCAAAGAUCAUAUUCUCGGGAUAAACUCUUCUCUGUUAUAAAGGAUCAUUCACGUACUCUCCAUUUGGAAGACUAUUACUAACAUUUGACUUGGGACAUUUACAUUAUAGACUGAAUUCUCAUUUAUUUUGACUCAUUUCUAACUUGGCCAUAGGAUAUUUUGAUAAUAUCUUUUAAUGAACUACAAGUAGUAUUUUUUUUGAUUCCUAGAAUGUGAAAAAUCUUUGUCCCUGAGUUCACUUAUGAGUUCUCCUAAAAACAUAUACAAAGGCCAGUGUGAAUUUAUUUCUUAGUAGUAUGUUUUUAUUAUCAAAAUGUUGAUUUUUUUAAAAAAAGUACCCAUACAUAUCUGCAUCUGUAUACUCAUUAACUUUCAAACUAUAGAUGAAAGCCAAUGUGUAUAAUCACUAAAAACAAAAAAGAAACAAAAAAAAAAACUUUAUUUUGUUUGAAUCUUGAGAACAUGGAGAUUAUGUAAAAAUAUCCCUUUAGAACUGAAAGUGACAAAGAGGGAAGUGAAAAUCAAGUUCCGUGAAAUGAUUUAUGUUCUCUCUCUUCCAUCCUGUGGUCUUACUUCCUCUCUCUCUACAUACACAAACUCACAGAUGAAUUUAGAAAGCUAACUGUGUAAGAUACUCUAUGACCUGCACUUGUGUUGAUUCAAAAUUACCAUCUAGGAUUAAAGGGAGAUGUGAAGCAUCAGUAAUAUACAAAGCCUAAGCUUAAGAGGGUGGGGGAAGGCGAUCAAGGGCUGACUGGGAGCUGGGUAGAGUCUCCUUCCUGUCCCUUUUCACUCAGCCCCUUAUAUUCUGAAGGUCACAUCUCCAGCUGUUGGAGCUACAGCUCUUAAAGUCAACAAAAGUGCAGCCUGGUCAGCAAGAAAGAGGAAGAACCAGCAGACACAGGCCCCCUCCCUUUCAGGAAGUCUUCUCUUCCUAUAAACCAAGAACCACCACUGGGUCCAAAGUAACUCACAGCUGCACAGAAGUUGAGAAAUGAAGUAUUUAUUCCAUGUGCCAAAUUCCUAGCAAAAAACCCCUGGGAGUUUCUAUUAAGAAAUGGGGAAAAGCAGAUAUUGGGUCCCUUUGACUGUCUCUGCCAGAGAUUGCUUCCACAUUUGAUGGCUGCCUAAUACUGAAUUAAAAAAAAUUUUUUCAAUGUUUAUUUUUGAGGGAGGGAGUGAGACAGUGUGAGUGGGGGAGGGCCAGAGAGAGGGAGACACAGAAUCUGAAGCAGGCUCCAGGCUCUGAGCUGUCAGCACAGAGCCCGACGCGGGGCUCAAACCACGAACCGUGAGAACAUGACCUGAGCCGAAGUCGGACGCCCAACUGACUGAGCCACCCAGGCGCCCCUGCCUAAUAUUGAAUUUAAUGGAUGGAUGAGAAUGUAUUUUACUAAGUUCAGUAAUUUCCAAAUGUGUUAUCUUAUGCGAUUUAUAAUAAAAUUUUCUUCCUAAAUAUA